AUGAAUGAGAAUGAGAAUGAAGAUUUGGGGAACGUAGAAUCUAAUGAAAGUGAAGAUGUGAAUGUUGAAUGUGGACCUCUAAACAUUUAUGACCCUAGUAAUUGGGACAAGAUUGAUCAAAAUUUAAGGGAUUUACUAGUUGAAAGAGGUCCCAUAAGAGGUAAUGGUGUGAAUUUUCCCCUAGAUGACAAAGAUAGGCAUUUUUCUUCUACAUUUUACAUGCGACAGUUACAAAAUGGAGAGAAGCAGGAUAGAAAGUGGCUAGUAUAUUCAGAUGCUUCAGACAAAGUGUUUUGCUUUUGUUGCAAGUUGUUUAAGCAAGAUGGGAACAAUGUUCAUUUGGCUACUGAUGGAUUGAAAGAUUGGAAGAAUAUGGGCAACAGGCUUAGAAGUCAUGAAACUAGUAAUGAGCACUUUAUUUGCAUGAGCAAAUGGGUUGAGUUGGAAAGUAGAUUGAAGAAGAAUGAAACAAUUGAUAGAAGUGUUCAAGAACAAAUCAACAAAGAGAGGGAACACUGGAGACAAGUGUUACUAAGGAUAAUUUCUAUUGUGAUCACUAUUGCUAAAAAUAAUUUAGCUUUUCGUGGAGACAAUGAGAAGAUUUAUCAAGAAAGAAAUGGAAUCUUUUUAAGCUUAAUUGAAAUGCUUGCUAAAUUUGAUCCAGUAAUGCAAGAGCACAUUCAACAUGUUAGUCAUGAAGAACCAAUGUCUCUUGUGAUAAGAUGUGUAAAUAUUUCAACUAGUCCGGUAAAGGUAGAAGAAUUCUUUUUAGAAUUUUUGAAAGUGGAUGAUACAUCGGGGUUGGGACUUUUUAAUGUACUUAGAGAGGCAUUGCACACAUUCCAGCUUGAUAUUGGUGAUAGAAGAGGACAAGGAUAUGAUAAUGGCUCUAAUAUGAAAGGAAGACACAAAGGUGUACAAAAAAGAAUACUUGAAAUAAAUCCAAGAGCAUUCUACACGCCAUGUGGGUGUCAUAGUCUUAAUCUUGCCCUUUGUGAUAUGGCUACCUCUUGUUUCAAAGCUAUCUAUUUCUUUAGAGUGAUACAACGCAUAUAUGUGUUGUUUUCAUCUUCUACAAAAAGGUGGAAAAUUUUCAAAGACAAUGUGGAAGGUCUCACACUUAAGCCAUUAUCACAAACUCGUUGGGAAAGUCGCAUUGAAAGUGUUGCAAUUGAAAUGGAGAUUGAGCCUACAUUUCGUGAAAGGCGUGUCAUUCGUAGAAAGAAACAUUUUGAUGAGAAUGUUAGUGAAGAGGUUGCACAAUCAGCUGAAGAAUCCUUUAGAAAGUUAAAUUCUACCAAUGAUGAGUGCUUGAAGACUUAUUGUGCUAAUCUUGAAGACUUUUUGAAACAUGAUGGGCUUAUGGAUGUUGAUGAGAGAGAUUUAUUUUCUAAGUUGAAAGUCUUCAAAGAAAUUUUGCCAAAAGAAAUCAAUAGGCCAAUUGAGAUGAUGAAUUAUUUGAAAUUGAUGGAUGAUUGUUUUCCAAAUGCCUGGAUUGCGUAUAGAUAUUAUUGA